AAGAUCACAGCUCUCUACAAGAACCGUAGAGACAUCAUUUCUUGGAACACACGGAGAAAUGGCUCCUUCAGGUUCUUCCUUUCUGUCAGUAUUUGUAUUCCUGCUAGUUCUAUCUCCUUCAUCCAUAGAUUCACUCUCAAUUAAGGAUAGCUUUUUACAAUGUCUCUCCAAGAAUUCUGAAUCCUCCUAUCCUUUCUCCACUAUCUUGUACACCCCAAACAAUUCUUCAUUCACUAGUGUUUUAGAGUCAUCUGUUCAAAACCUCCGGUUCUCACAGCCUACAGUACCGAAACCUGAGUUCAUUUUCACACCGUUGUACGAAUCCCACAUCCAAGCUGUUGUUGUUUGCUCAAAACAACUUGGAAUUCACCUUCGUGUCCGUAGUGGAGGCCAUGACUAUGAGGGACUCUCUUAUGUCUCUGAAAUUGAGCAUCCUUUCAUUGUUGUAGACCUUGCCAAGCUUCGGUCAAUUAGCGUUGAUAUCGAGGAUAAUAGCGCUUGGGUUGAGGCCGGUGCCACAACUGGAGAGCUGUACUAUAGAAUAUCAGAGAAGAGCAACACUCAUGGCUACCCAGCUGGUGUUUGUACCAGUUUAGGUAUUGGUGGGCACAUCACAGGAGGUGCAUACGGUACCAUGUUCAGAAAAUAUGGCCUUGCUGCAGACAAUGUCAUCGAUGCUCGUAUAAUUGAUGCUUAUGGAAGAGUUCUUGACCGAAAAGCCAUGGGAGAAGAUCUAUUCUGGGCAAUUAGAGGAGGUGGAGGAGGUAGCUUCGGAAUCAUUACUUCCUGGAAAGUAAAACUGGUUCCAGUACCUCCAAUUGUGACAAUUUUCGGGGCUGCUAGGACCUUGGAACAAGGUGCUACUAAGAUCCUCUAUAGAUUCCUGCAAGCUUCUGAUAAACUCGACGAGAAUCUCUUUUUCAGAGUCAGUACACAGUUGGCAAAUGCUAGUGAAGAAGGUAAGAAAACAAUAUCAACUUCCUAUAAUGGAUUGUUUCUUGGUGAUGCAAAGAAACUCCUCCAAGUCAUGCAAGAAAGCUUCCCUGAACUCGGUUUGACAAAACAAGAUUGUAUCGAAACAAACUGGAUCAAUUCUGUGCUAUAUAUGGGCUUCUUCCCUAACAAUUCAACUCCUGAAAUCUUGCUUCAGCGACAGAAUUUAUUCAAGGGCACCUUCAAAGGCAAGUCCGACUUUGCUAAAAAACCAAUACAUGAAUCAGCACUUGAAGGUUUAUGGGAAAUGAUGUAUGAAGAAGAUACCCCUUCUGUAGCAUUUAUUCCCUACGGUGGAAUGAUGAGCAAAAUCUCAGAAUCUGAGAUUCCUUUCCCGCACAGAAAAGGUAACAUGUUCUUUAUCAGCUACAUGACUACCUGGGAAGAUCCUUCAGAGAAUGCAAAACAUAUUGAUUGGAUUAGGAAGGUUUACAAAUACAUGACACCUUAUGUUUCCAUGUAUCCAAGGGAAGCAUACCUCAAUUACAGGGACCUUGAUUUGGGCAUGAACAAGAAUACUAACACAAGCUUUAAGGAAGCAAGUGUUUGGGGUUCUAAGUACUUCAAGGGUAACUUCAAGAGAUUGGUAAAAGUGAAGACCAAAGUUGAUGCUGGCAACUUCUUCAGGCAUGAACAGAGCAUCCCGCCUCUUCCAAUUUCUAUGAGGAAAAGAAAGUGAAGAGGAAUUAUCCAAUAAAUCAUGCCUCCUUGGAUUUAGUUCAUUUGAUGGAGGAGGCCAGCCUGUAGAGGUUGCAAAUAAUAGUUGGGACUACACUUUCCUGCCUUGUUUGCAAACUUCAAUAUUUUACCGUCAUUUCUAUCCAACUAGGUUUUGUAAUAAAUUAUUGAGAUGACGAUUUUCAGUCAUCACAACACAUAGUGCCUUUUAUUUUGUUUUAUGAAUAAAAAAUAUACUUGGACCUCUACAAUAUGACAUACAAUG